AUGCCUAACUCUAUAAUGCGCCUCCACCGCGUGCACGAGCCCGAAGACCCUUCGGAGUAUGAUGAUGGCUUGAUCAGAGAAACAUCGGCUAAGUUAAGAGGGGAAUCGGGCCUAUCCAUUAUCGAUUCUUGUAUUUCCGAUGAAGAUAACGUCAGACUACAAUUUUUCCAAGCCAGUUUGUUUGCAACUUUAAUGGAAGAUGCCAUCACAGAAAUUCGCCUCUUAGAGGAGUGCAACAAUGAGCUGCGUAUACUAAAAACGAUGACUGACAUGCACCUCCUUAUUCUGAAAAAAUAUAAUGUAACUCGGCCACAUAACCCUGACGAAUUGGCCGAUAUUGACCACAAAAACCUUGGCUGUGACAAAUACAAAUUGAAUAAACUGGUCGCUGACAGGAAUAUUGCUAACACAAUUUUUGUAUCCACAUACCUUGACUUGGCGAUCUACAAACGCUUUGAUACCCUGACGAAUUAUAAUAAAAGCAUCCUGGACACUGAUACAUAUCGGGCGUUUUUAGCAGAGGAUACUAUGAAUAAUAAAAUGAAACGUCGUGAAUUGCUAAAACAAGUACGACAACAGCGAAAUCAUAUCAAAUCUGUCACUUACGACACUGACCAGACCAUCGAGAUUCUCAAGGGUCAACUGGAAGAUGCCACACUGGUCUCAGAGGCUAGGAGCAGGUACAUGGACAACUGGCAAGUUGCCCGCACUGAACAGAAUACACAGACUAUAGACGACAAAGAGGCAGGACCAUCCCAAAUCAUCAAGUAUUACCGCCAAAGACAUGACCACGAGGCACGCGUGCACUCGGAAAUAGAGAUACUAACUAAUAUACGGAUAAACGAAACAUUAGAAGAAGUAGAGAAGUGGAUGAACAAAUAUGACAAAGACAUAGAGAGUAUAGACUUAAAAAUUCAACUAAAGAAGAACGACUACAAUAGUCAAAUAGCAAAAAGAAUAGAAAUGGAAGAAUUGUAUGAGAAGCAUGACAUUGAAAUGAAAGAUUGGGUCAAGUUCACUACGGAUCGCGAAAUAGAAAGACUAUAUCGUCUUAAGAUGAACACAGCUGCGAUUGUAGUACAGGCCUGGUGGCGUGGUCUUCUUGUUAGACUCGAACUUGGACCUUUUAAGCCAAGCAAGAGGAAGGGCAAACCGGCUGACAAAAAGAAAAAGAAAUAA